AUGUAUAAAACUAUUCACACUAUUAGGGAUGAUCAGGGUAAUUGGUUAGAAAAUAUAGAUCAAGUUUCGGACCUGCUUACUAGACAUUCUACGAAAUUUUUUACUUCCUCUAGUCCAAGUACGGUAGAUAUUGAAGACUCUCUUAAGCAGAUUCAUGAUAAUAUAAUCAUUACCCACGAAAUUCUUCAUGCCUUUAAAAAGAAAAAGGAAAAUGCCAAAAAUGGUCAUAUUUCUAUUAAGUUUGACCUUUCAAAAGCUUUCGAUAGGCUUGAAUGGUCUUUUAUUAUUGAUGUCUUUAAGAAACUUGGUUUUUCGGAAGCUUGGUAUCAAAUGAUACAUCAGUGUAUCAGUACGGUCUCCUAUUCUGUAUUGGUUCUAUCCCAAUUGUUGUUGAAAGCUGAAGAGAAAAAUGUGAUACAGGGGUUCAAAUUUAAGAAAAACAGUCCUUUUAUUUCUCACUUAUUUUUCGCCGAUGAUUGUAUCUUGUUUGCUAGAGCUUCUAUUACCUAUGCUAGAAACAUAAUGAAGAUUAUUAAUGUGUUUGCCAAAGCUUCAGGUACUCCGUUGUUUAUUGGUAGAGAUAAGACUAAAUCUUUCCAUUUUCUCAUUGAAAGCUUUUAUUCUAGGUUAAGCUCCACUAAGAAGACUAAUCUCAAUAUAGCUGGUAGAACUGUUGUUGCUAAGCAUGUGUUAUCCUCUUUAGCAAUUUAUCAUAAGGCUUGUUUUCCUCUGCCUAAAUCUGUUACUUCUAAAAUUGAUGCUAUUCAGAGGACCUUUUGGUGGUCUAAAAAAAAUCCUAGACAUGCGGCUUAUUUCCGUUCUUGGGGUGAUUUAGGUAAGUGUAAGCUGUCUGGUGGCCUUGGUAUUAGAAAUACUCAUGCCACUAAUAGAGUCUUUAUUUGUAAGCUUGGUUGGAGAAUUUUGAAGAACCCUAGUCUCUUACUGUCUUCUUUUCUUAAGGAUAAAUAUUUUCCAAACCAAAAUCUGAUGGAAAUUGAUAAGGCGGCCGAUUCUUCCUCCUGGAUUUGGAAGGGCAUUAUUAAUGGUCUUAAGUUUCUUAAGGCUAACUCUGUUAUCAAAAUUGGUAAUGGUGCCUCUACCAAUAUAUGGAAUACUGUUUGGAUCCCAGUUAAAUCUACUUAUAAGGUAUUUGUGAAUGAUAUAGUUUCUUCCGAUGAUUCUGAUUUUUGGAAGAAAGUCUGGGGUAUUGAUUGUUUGCCAAAGAUUAAGUUCUUUCUGUGGAAAAUCUUCGCUUCCAUGUUACCUGUCAAUACUUUGAUACAUAUUUAUAAUCAAUCUGUGGAUAUUCUGUGUCCCCUUUGUCAAAAUCAUGAAGAUUCUGCCAUGCAUCUUUUUAUAGAAUGUCCUGUUGCUGCUCAUAUUUGGUUUGACAUGUCUCUGGAACAUCUUAUCUCUUCUGAUUUGGAAUGGAUUGAUGAUUUGUUUCUGUAUUGGCAUAGUUCUGAUCUCUCUACUUCUCCUUAUAAUGUUUCUUGGCCUUCGAUUGGAGAUAUUGUAAUGUGGUGUAUUUGGAAGCUGAGAUGUGAUGUUCUGUUCAGACACAUUUCGAUGGAUUUGCCUCGAGUGAUUAUCAAUAUUAAGAGAAUGAUUAACUCUUGUAUUGCUCCUCAACAUAUCAUUUUUGUUCAUAUUAGUGAUCAUAAAUUCCUUUCUUCUGAGGUGGAUCAUUUCUUGUUUGUUGAUGGCUCCUACAAGGAAUUUAAUAUGGGUUUGGGUGUCAUCUGGUGUGACUGUGCAGGGAAUGUAAAAAUCUCGAGAGCUGACUUUGGAUUGAUAUCAGAUGCAGUAGGUGCUGAAGCUGCUGCUCUACUUUUGGCUAUCUCUUGGGCAGAAGAGAUGAAUCUCUCAAAAGUUGUCUUUGGACGAUACAUGCAUGAUGAGAGACCUGGAAUCAAGAAUGUUCCAAACAUAGAGGAUGCGUUCUUUGUGGAUCAAGGGAUCGCAAAACCAAUGUUUAUUACUUUGUUACAUAAUUUUGCUCCAUCAAGUAUUUACGGUCUUCAGUUCUCUGCCGUCGGGCAAACAGUUUCUGACUUAAGUGAAGAAGAGGCCGAGGAUGUCUCCAUGGAAGUUGAGGGUACUGGUGAUGUUUGUUCAUCUUCGGAAAAUGGCGAUAAAGAAAAUUCCCAGAGCUCAAAACCGAAUGAAAGCAACGGUGCUCUUGAUGUUGAUAGGGCAAUCCCGGGUCUUUGA